CCCACAGAGCCACGUUCUAGAGCUCUGGAGCGAGGAUGUCUUCCCAAUUCUCAACCCACCCAGGGAGAGAGGCCUGUCUCUCCAUGCUCCUCCUGCAGGAACUCCUUGGAGCAAAGGCUGUGAGCUGGCUGUCCCUGAGGAGGCUGGGUCUGUAGGUGCCCUGAGAGUUGCCCCUGCACUGAAGAGAGCCGACCAUGGCAGAGGAGGUAUGGGUGGGCAGUUGGAGGCCCCAUCGCCCCCGGGGGCCCAUCAUGGCCCUCUACAGCAGCCCAGGACCCAAGUACCUGAUUCCACCCACCACGGGCUUCAUGAAACACACGCCCACCAAGCUGCGUGCACCGGCCUACAGCUUCCGUGGGGCGCCCACGCUCCGCCCUGCUGCGUACAUGCUGCCCGUGGUGAUGGGCCCCCACACAGUGGGCAAGGUCUCCCAGCCCUCCUACUCCAUCAAGGGCCGGAGCAAGCUAGGCGGCUUCAGCGACGACCUGCACAAGACCCCAGGUCCUGCAGCCUACCGCCAGACUGACGUGCAGGUGACCAAGUUCAAGGCCCCACAGUACACCAUGGCUGCACGAGUAGAGCCUCCAGGGGACAAAACCCUCAAGCCAGGACCAGGAGCCCACAGCCCUGAGAAGGUGACACUGACCAAGCCCUGCGCUCCCGUGGUCACCUUUGGCAUCAAGCACUCCGACUACAUGACACCCCUGGUGGUGGACAUCGAAUAGCCCGGCCACACCGCCACCCUGCGCGGCUACCUACCACCUCUGCACACCGUGUUUCCUUGCGGGAUCGCUGGGCUGUCAGGCUGUGGCUGGCGUGGCCCUCGGGGCAGGGAAUGCUCCUUCGGACAAUUGUGACUGGUUAUUUUUUGUAUGCUGCCUUCCCAUAUGCUAUCUUGUUCUCUGCUGUGCUCAGAUUAUGUAAUAAAUCACAGAUUCC